GAGUUAAAGAGGCCGAACACUAGGAACAUCCAGUGACAGCAAGACUCAAAUCUACUCUAACACUACGAGCUGCUUCAGAUGGUGUCGUUCCGGCUGUCACGUACCAACCUCUUAAUUCUGGGAAGUUCUCAAGUCUUUGGUGUUGAAUAGAGGCGGAAAAAGUGCCAGAUCUUCCUAAGCUUGAACUGAACUGGAGAAGAUUUACUGGAAAUUUUAUUGCCGUUCAGCACAGGACUAAAGGUUCAAGAGUGUGCUGUAAGGAAGUGUGUUUUUAGUUAUGACGAACCCUUAUGCACACACUAUUGAGCCUCUGGACCCCCAGAAGCCUGACCACAAGUUUUUCAACCUUAAAAAACUUAAAGACCCCAGAUAUGACCAACUUCCCUUCUCCAUCCGUGUGCUGUUGGAGUCUGCGGUUAGGAACUGUGAUGAGUUCCUGGUGAAGAAGGAGGAUGUGGAGAAAAUCCUCAACUGGAAGGUGACGCAGAGUCAGACUGUGGAGGUGCCUUUCAGACCGGCCCGCGUCAUCUUGCAAGACUUCACGGGGGUUCCUGCAGUGGUCGACUUUGCAGCCAUGCGUGAUGCAGUGAAAAAGUUACAGGGCGACCCUGAGAAGAUAAAUCCAGUUUGUCCGGCAGACCUUGUCAUAGAUCAUUCCAUUCAGGUUGACUUUAACAGGAAGUCUGACAGUGUUCAGAAAAACCAAGACCUUGAAUUUGAAAGGAACAAGGAACGAUUUGAGUUUUUAAAGUGGGGUUCUAAAGCAUUCCAGAACAUGCGGAUUAUUCCUCCGGGUUCAGGAAUAGUCCAUCAGGUCAAUUUGGAGUACCUGGCCAGGGUUGUGUUUGACCAGGAUGGUUUCUUCUACCCGGACAGUCUGGUGGGAACAGACUCCCACACAACCAUGAUUGAUGGGUUGGGAGUGCUGGGCUGGGGUGUGGGAGGUAUUGAAGCAGAGGCAGUCAUGUUGGGUCAACCCAUCAGUAUGGUGCUGCCAGAGGUCAUUGGCUACAAACUACAGGGGACACCCAACAAAUUUAUCACCUCCACUGACAUAGUCCUUACUGUCACCAAGCAUUUGCGGCAAGUUGGUGUGGUUGGGAAAUUUGUGGAGUUCUUUGGCCCUGGUGUUGCCCAGCUGUCUAUCGCUGACCGUGCCACCAUUGCCAACAUGUGCCCAGAGUAUGGCGCCACCGCUGCCUUCUUCCCUGUAGACCACAUCAGCAUUCAAUAUCUGAAGCAGACGGGGAGAGACAUGGAGAAUCUCAGUUACAUAGAAAAGUAUCUAAAAGCGGUGGGCAUGUUCAGAGACUACAGCAACACUGCUCAAGAUCCACAGUUCACUCAGGUUGUUGAGUUGGACCUCAGUACGGUCGUCCCUUGCUGCAGUGGUCCUAAACGGCCACAUGACAAAGUGGCUGUAUCAGACAUGAAGCAGGACUUUGAAGCAUGUUUAGCGGCCAAGCAAGGCUUUAAAGGAUUCCAGGUGGCUCCUGAGCGUCAUGAUGUUCGAGUACCAUUCCAGUUUAACGGUGCAGAGUAUUCUCUCUCUCACGGAUCUGUGGUCAUCGCCGCCAUUACAAGCUGUACCAACACCAGUAACCCCUCAGUCAUGCUGGGAGCAGGUCUCUUGGCCAAAAAGGCAGUACAGUGUGGUCUCAGUGUCAAGCCGUACAUAAAGACCAGUCUGUCUCCAGGCAGUGGAGUGGUCACCUACUACCUAAAAGAGAGUGGAGUCAUGGACUUCCUCUCACAAUUAGGUUUUGAGGUAGUUGGUUAUGGCUGCAUGACCUGCAUUGGAAACAGUGGACCCCUUCCAGAGCAGGUUGUAGAGGCGAUUACUCAGGGUGAUUUGGUUGCUGCUGGCGUUCUAUCUGGAAACAGAAACUUUGAGGGUCGUGUCCAUCCCAACACACGUGCCAAUUACUUGGCCUCUCCUCCGCUGGUCAUUGCCUAUGCUAUUGCGGGCACUGUGAGGAUAGAUUUUGAAAAAGAGCCUUUAGCUGUGAACUCUAAGGGAAAAGAGAUUUUCCUAAGGGACAUCUGGCCCACACGAGAGGAAAUCCAGGUGGUGGAGAGACAGUUUGUCAUUCCUGCCAUGUUUAAGGAGGUCUAUGAGAAAGUUGAGAAAGUGAAUAAACGCUGGAACGCCCUGAAAGCCCCCUCUGACAAGCUGUAUACCUGGAAUCCCAGUUCUACUUAUAUAAAAUCUCCACCUUUCUUUGAUGGACUGACCCGGGAGCUCCAGACACCAAAGUCCAUAACAGAUGCAUAUGUACUGCUCAAUUUGGGAGAUUCUGUGACCACAGACCACAUCUCGCCUGCUGGUAACAUUGCACGUAACAGCCCUGCUGCACGCUACCUAACUAGCCAUGGACUCACUGCAAGAGAGUUUAACUCCUAUGGUUCUCGUCGAGGCAACGACGCAGUCAUGGCUCGAGGCACAUUUGCUAACAUCCGCCUAUUUAACAAGUUUAUAAACAAGCAAGGACCAUGUACCCUCUAUCUUCCUACAGGGGAGACGAUGGAUGUGUUUGAUGCUGCAGAAAAAUAUCAGCAGGCUGGUCAUCCUCUCUUGAUUCUGGCAGGCAAAGAGUAUGGAUCAGGAAGCUCUAGAGAUUGGGCAGCUAAAGGACCCUUCCUGCUGGGCAUCAAAGCUGUACUAGCAGAGAGUUACGAGCGGAUUCAUCGCAGUAAUCUGGUGGGCAUGGGUGUCAUUCCUCUUGAGUACCUGCCGGGUGACAGCGCUGAAAGCCUCGGGCUCACUGGCCGCGAGCGAUACACUGUGAUGAUUCCCCCACAGCUCACUCCCAGAAUGACUGUGGACAUCAAGCUGGACACAGGGAAAACAUUUCAGGCUAAGAUGAGGUUUGACACGGAUGUGGAGCUUACUUACUUCCAUCAUGGUGGAAUCCUCAACUACAUGAUUCGCAAGAUGUCUGAAAAUUAAGAUGGAAAGGACACCCUCUUCAGGACAUUUCACCCUAAACGCACAUAUCCACCAUCAAGAUGCUUGUUUUGUCCUAUCAGUGUUUGUUUUUUUUCUUUUAAAGGGAUGGUUCACCCAAAAAUGAAAAUUAUCCCAUGAUUUACUCACCCUCAAGCCAUUCUAGGUGUACAUGACUAUCUUCUUUCAGACAAACACAUUCGGAGAUAUAUUUAGAAAUAUCCUGGCUCUUCCAAGCUUUACAAUGGUAGUGAAGCCCAAAAAAUGCAUCCAAUGCAUCAUAAAAAUAAUCCAUAUGGCUCCAGGGAGUUAAUAAAGGCCUUCUGAAGUGAAGUGAUGGGUUUUUGUGAGAAAAAUAAUAACUAGCUUCCGGCAGACGGCAUUUUUGGGGGGCUUCAAAAUCUCGCCCCCUCAUGCACUAUCAUUAUGAAGCUUUGAAGAGCCAGGAUAUUUUUAAAUAUAUCUCCGCUUGUGUCCGUCUGAAAGAAGAUAGUCAUAUACACCUAGGAUGGCUUGAGGGUGAGUAAAUCAUGGGAUAAUUUUCAUUUUUGGGUGAACUAUCACUUUAAGAACUAAUUAAUUCCUUUAGUUGUAAAUGCACUGCAAUGUUCAAAAUAGUUAUGUGAUAUAUGUUCAGUUCUCCAAAUCAGUAGUGUCUUCAGUAUCUCUGAAAGAUGCUGUUUUUGAUUCUGAUGAUUAUAUUGGUUUGGUGGCAGUUCAGUGGGAUUGAAGGGGAAGUAUGAAAGCAUUAGAUGUUGUCAAUGGCAUGUUUAACUUUCUCCAUUCUAACCCUACCUCAGCACUGCCAAACUGAAGUUGCAUUAUCUCUGUUUAGAUGACAUCAAUGUAUAAAUUAAUGUCUUAUAAUCUUAUUAAUUACUGUACUUAAACUGAACUUUGACACAGUUUCUUUACAGGUUAUCUGCUCAUAUAAUAAUAAUAAUAACGCUUUUUGUUAAUUAUAAUAUUAUAAAAUUACACAUAAUGAUUCUUUUUCCUACUGAAGAUGUAUCAAUUCUGUUUCAUUGUUGAAUAUUUUUCUUUCAGAAGUCACAUGUUAAUUAUGCAUUACCUAUAAAAGACUGACAUACUGAAGAAAAUUUGGGUUACACUAUAAAUAAAGUCUUUAUGUAUAAUGCAUUAUAAAGGAAUUUAUAAUGUACGUUAUAAUGCAGUUUAUCUUUGUAACCAAAGUUAUACUGCAUUUUCAUUUUUGCAGAUUCCUUGUUACAUCUGAAAUUGAUUGUCAUGUGUUUUAAUGCUUUAUACAAACAUUCUAAAGGUGUAACAGUGAAUAGAUCGUAUUAUAAUGUUUUAUAACUGUGAUUACAAGUAUUCAUGAUAAGGUGCAUCACAAGGCAUAAUUAAUGCAUUAAAAUACGUUUAUAAUGCAUUAUAUGAAGACUUUAAAUUUGUUGCUCUCUGCAAACAAAUAUUGCAUCAGAUAAAUCCCUUUAACAACUGUUGAAUAUGAACUCAGCUAUCAUGCUAUACAUUUGAAAGUGCCUAUUUUCUCAGAUUGUGUGUAUAAUCACUUGAAUCACGUGUGCGCGUAUAAUUCCGGUCUUUAUUUCUUGUGUAUCGUGCAUUCCGGUGAAGUAUGACUGAAGUGACUGAAAACAAAAUCCAUCCGAAGGCGAUUUCACACUUUUCUUGCUGGUCGCCUGUAAAAUGUAAUGAAUCAGGUGCGAGAUUGCUGAAUUUAGCAAAAUAUGAGAAGUUGCUCUACGCAAUUUCAAAUGCAUUCUCUCUACUGUAUUGUACAAACCUUACUGUAGUUUAACUGUAUGGUAAAGCACAGAGAGGGUUAAACCCGGCAAAACCUGAACCCUGCUUUAGGGCAAAAUAAUAUUUAGUAUGUCAGAAACAAAGACAUUUCGCGGCUUUUUAGAGGUUUUGUAAUUUCAAGCACAGACUGCCACAGUCUUGCUCUUAUACUUAAGUAAUCAGAUUGAUUGACCUUUAUUUUAAUAACAAAAAAUCACAUCUGUAGUUUUUGUGGAAAUGGCUUUACGAAAAUAAAUGUUUGAAAUACUUCAA